UAAAAAAUCUUAAAGCAAACCCUACGACACCGUAUUCGUCAGUCUCCCUAAUUGUCCCCGCCGAUUCCCAAAACUCCACCGCCGACCACCGCACCUUUUUUCUCUCCGUCGUUCUUCCGUCGAUCUCUUUUCCGGCGAUCUUCUUCUCCGUUCACCAUUCAUCUCUAUCUCAAUCGCUCCAUAUAUACACACAAAUACAUACAUAUAUAUGUUAUCUCUCUAUGGGUGUCUGAUACCAUUGCCCAUUUCCUUGACUUGCUGUUUUUGCUGAGAUAUGUCAUAAGCAGCAAUGGUGGACUACUAUGCAACUAAUCCUGGACCAAUUGAGGAUAUUGUGUUGUACGAUCAAGAUAAACAUGUAUCAUCUGCUGUUUGGGAGGGGCAGGAGCGUGGUGCUCUUAGGUGCCAUGAGCACACAUCAAAGCUCGAUCAGUGGAUGCUCACAGAGAAACAGGUUGAGUUGGUUAAAAUGGCUGGAUUUGGCUAUUUGAGAAUGAUACCGGCAAUCAGUUUGGAUAACCCACUCAUAUCUGCCCUAGUUGAGAGAUGGAGGAGAGAAACAAACACAUUCCAUUUCACUGUUGGGGAAAUGACUGUUACCCUUGAGGAUGUCGCGUACUUGCUUGGGCUACCAGUUGAUGGUGAGGCUGUUAUAGGUGUGACAUACACUUCAUGUGAAGCAGUCUGUAUCAAAUUGUUGGGAAAAGCACCUGACUCCGGAUAUACCAGUGGUGGGAUGGUGAAGCUUAGUUGGUUGAAAGAGACCUUCUCCCAGUGUCCAGAGGAUGCUUCCAUGGAGGAUAUUGCGCAUUGUACACGUGCUUAUCUUCUUUACCUGGUCGGUAGCACCAUCUUUUCAACUACAACUGGCAAUAAAGUACCUGUCAUGUACCUUCCACUGUUUGAAAAUUUUGAUGAAGCUGGCAAGUAUGCUUGGGGUGCUGCAGCAUUAUCCUUCUUGUACAGAGCACUCGGCAAUGCUUCCCUUAGGUCCCAAAGCACAAUUAGUGGCUGUUUGACAUUAUUACAGUGCUGGAGUUACUACCACCUCAAUGUUGGUCGACCAAAGCUUAAUCAUGAUCCAAUCCAUGAGUGUUUCCCAUUUGUGCUUAGGUGGAAAGGUAAACAAAGCAGUCCAACGUCAAACCGUGAUGUGGCAUUCUACCGAAAAUCAUUGGACUCUAUGAAGCCAUCUGAUGUUGACUGGUGUCCUUACUCAAACAUUAGCCAUACUGUCAUACCAGAACAUAUAUUGCGCAGCCUCAUUCUAGGGAGAUCAAAGACCAUGUUGAUAUGUUAUGACAAGGCAGAAAGACACCUUCCAGAUCGUUGCCUACGGCAAUUUGGCAUGCAUCAGACUGUCCCCGAAGAGGUACAGAAGUGGGAGAGGAAGAGUCGAGGAGUUGAUGGUGGUGUAGAUCUCUCAACAAAAAUGGAAUCAGAGCUUAAUGAAUGGUCAAAUCGACAUCUCUAUAUUGUGGAGGCAGAGGAAGAUGUUGAGGAAAGUGAAUACAUGCAGUGGUAUAUGAGAAUUACAAGGAAGUUGGUUGGGAGGCCUGUACCUAUCUCAUCUGAGUUUCAAAGAAUGAAUGCUGCACUUCGAGAGAUUGCCCAUAUAGCAGACACCAUUUCAACUCAUGGGUUGGAUGAUCAACAGUUACAAUCUGUCACAAGAAUCCGAUAUAUUACUUAUGAAUGCCUGAGGGAUCAGAUUGCAAGUACGGUAGUUGUUGCAUCGAACUCACAAAGUGAAGUUGGAAAGAAAGUACGUGGAAAGGAGAGAGUAAGAAGGAAGGGGAUGGGCAAACGUAAGCGUAAAGAAGAGGUAGAGCAAUAUUAUGCCGCAGGGAUACCCAUGCAACAUCGGAUACCUGCUACAACUUUUGAUGUUGAUCCUUCUCAUCUAUAUCACAUCGGCAAUGAGAUGGAUACUCCUCAUUUGUGCAUUACAGUAAGUGAAGAUGAUCAUGGUCGGAUAUCUCAUGUGGCUCAUAGUGUCGAUGAUAUUGAUUUCUGUGAAGAUGCUAAGGAAGUUGAUGAAUCACACUUCCAUCAUUUAGUUGGAGAACAAGAUGACCAUCUCUCCAGUGAAGUAGCAGAAGAUAAACCUCAUGCUUCAAUGGAUAUCGUGGUUCCUCAGGUCUCCCAUGAAACUAGAGAGGAUGUUGCACAGCAGAACGAUUACGGGGUUCUUGUUUAGACCAGUAAAGAUGAAAUUUAUGGCUUGCUCAAUUUUCAGUUCAUUUGGAGAUGUUUUUCUCCCCU